UUGAGUAGCGCUACACUGACUGUAACCUCCUCCGGCAUAACAAACACAUAACUAUCAGCAGCUCCCAGUCCUGCAACACUCAACACACAUUACUGCGUACACAGAGGAGUUUCCUGCACACACAACGCGCUAUAUCGCGGGAUAUCUAAGGAGAAUUAAGAUGAAAGACUGGUGUCGUCUUUACCCCUUGGCCAAAACUGCUGCUAUUUUACAUGCAGCCUAACUAAUAAGCACCAAUGCACACUAUGGCAACAAUCGGUCCAUGCUCGGAUGCAGAGGACCUGUUGGUAUCCAUCCACCUCGAGAGGUAUCUAAACCACUUCCGUCAAGCUGGCUUUCUCCUCGCCCGAGACUUCUGUCAUGUGGACAAUGCAGCCCUGGACAGGGUGGGAGUCACUGCCACCGGCCACAGGAAACGGAUCCUCAAACUGGUCGAGCACAUUCAAAUGAUCUGCCAGCAUCAAAGGAAAGAGCCACUUGUAGAUCGUUGUAAUUCAGAGUCUGACAUUCACCGGGUGACCCCUGACAACGCAGAGCCUCUCGGCCCUUCAGGACAUACUGUGACCUCCUUUGAAGCCUUUCGUAACAGCUCCGCCCCAAAUCUAAGUGCACAAGUGAAGCGUUCAAACUCGGAGUGCAGCACCACAGUCGUAAAGCCGGUACCGAAACCAAGAACUGUCUUCAACAAACUAAAACAAGAACAGUUUUCUUCACCAAGACAAGACGAAGCAAAGCCUUUCCCAAAGUCCUCUCAACGUCCACAUUCCUUGAAAGCUUUAGAUGGUAAUAGUUUGUUUUUUACUCCAUCCAAAACAGACACUGUUGAAACAAGAUCUACUGAAACAAAGCAGGCACUUCGUGAACCGAGUUUGAGUAUAACCACAUUGGUUCAAGAGUCCGGUGGACCAUUACCCCCAGUACCCCCCAGAAAUCGAGGAGUUCCUCUUUCCACAUUCAAGAGAAUGUCAGACCAGGACCGACUCAGUACCUCGACUCUCUCUUCCUCCCCUGACUCCCCCUGUAAUUAUUUGUGUUCACCCUUUACUAACACACCUGGUUCACCCCCAAGUCCCCCCUGCUCAGGGUUAGAGAUGGUCUCCAAUGAAAUCUACUGUGGCACUUUACCAGGCACUCCACCACGCAUGUCGUGGAGUCGCUCUUUACCCAUUCCCCCUCCACGGCAGGAGGUCAGCCCAUCUACUGAAAAUUAUAGCACUUUAGAAAAGAACAAUUCAUUUGAAACAUCUUCAAGAACGUCUGCACCUGCUGAGGAAGACGAUGAAAUGAUCAACCCAUACUGUGAAACAGUUUUUCAAAGCAGGAGACAAUAUCCACAUUCAGAGGUUAAGAGGACCAAAAUUGAGGAAAAGACUGAAACUACAAAUGAUGAUAAACUGAAGGAUGGGCAACAAAAUCAUUCCUGGCUGAAGCGUCUUGACUCUCCAGGCUACUGUACGGUGGGUCAGCCUGCCCCAUCGGCCCAUUCGUUUUCUCUUCCUUCAACCUUCUACUCUAAUGAAGCAGACGAAGACCACAUCAUCUCUCCCUACGCCAGCUUCACCUCACUGUCAGAGCGGGCGGCACCCAUCCUGAGCGGCUGGUUGGACAAACUCUCUCCUCAAGGGUACGCCUCAGCAGGGCUGCUCAUCUUCUCUCGCCUCCGCGUUUCCUGCUGUCUCCUUACAGGCUGUUUCUGCCCUCUGUCUGUCCUCUCUAGACGAAACUAUGUGUUCCAGAAGCGAUACGUGAAGUUUGAUGGGAAAAACUUGAUGUACUACGGUAGUGAAAAGGACGCUUAUCCCAAAGGUGUGAUUCCUGUAGCUGCCAUACAGAUGGCCCGGCUAGCCAAAGACAACAAAUUUGAGGUCGUGACGAAUCACAGGACAUUUGUCUUUCGUGCUGAAAGUGAUGUCCAGAGGAGCAAAUGGUGCAGCACUUUGCAGGAGCGAGUCAAGGAGCAGCUGGUUUUCGGUCGCCCACGGUUUGGCCCCGGCAGUCACUGCCAAAAGAGCGGCUUCCUGGAGCUCAAAGGAACCAAGUCAAAGAUCUACACUGCCAUUAUAAUGGAGCAGAUCUGGCUGUACAAGAGCGAGCAGUGCUUUAAGAACGGGAUUGGAAUUACUGUAAUUGAGGCCAGAGGUGCUACAAUUCGUGACGGGAAGGGCAAGAGCUUUGAUCUCAUUACACCUUAUAAAACCUUCAGCUUUACAGCAGACUCAGAUCGAGAGAAGAGGGACUGGAUGGAGGCGAUGCAGGAAUCUAUAGCAGAAACCUUAUCUGAUUACGAGGUGGCUGAGAAGAUCUGGUCUAACAGAUCCAACAAGAUCUGCGCCGACUGUAAAGCCAUCAAUCCAGACUGGGCGUCCAUCAAUCUCUGUGUGGUCAUCUGCAAGAACUGCGCAGGCCAGCACAGAGGUCUCGGCACAAUGGUGUCGAAAGUCCAGAGUCUGAAACUAGACACCAGUGUGUGGAGCAAUGAGAUCGUUCAGCUCUUUAUAAUGCUUGGCAAUGACAGAGCCAAUGAAUUCUGGGCGGCCAGACUUUCUGUGACUGAGGAGCUGGACUGUGAUGCCUCCCCUGAACAACGGAGGGAAUUUAUCAUCCACAAGUAUCGCGAGGGAAGAUACCGCCACCCACAUCCCAGUUUUAGCACCCAAGAGGAGCUUCUUAAGACCUUGUGCACCGCGGUGACCGAGCAGAACUUGCUGAAAACCGUCACGCAGAUUUUCGCUGAGGCCGAGGCUGUGCGACUCUCCAACGCUAAUGGAAAAGACAAGCGUGUGUCUCCACAUUACUCAUACACACAGUCUGCAGAUUCCUGUGUAUAUGAUGAGAUCAUGCAGGCCAUCCUGUACUCUGGCUACCUCUACAAGUCAGGCUCUCUCAACAAAGGCACAUUAUCUAGAAGAACCAGAGACGCAGAUUUUCAGAAGUACUGGUGUUCGGUGGAGAAGUCCAUCCUGUUUUAUGAAUCCGACAGAUGUCACGAGCCCAGUAUGAAGAUCGAUGUUAAAGACAUCACCUGUUUAGGCGUCAGCAGGCCAGACUCCAGCAACAGCAGUGGCUUUAUUGACAAGUUUCGAUACACUUUUGAACUCUGCCUGACGUCCGAUAAAGUGAUCCAGUUUGGACUGGAGACUCCGGACGCAUUGCACAGUUGGGCGAGAGCAAUCGGGAAGGCCACCACUCCUCUCAGCUGUCACUGCCUGCUGGCGAGAGAGUUCGAGCGGGUGGGUGUGCUGCGCUACAAGGCCAUGCUCGACCCUCAACAGUGGAAAGAAGGCUUCUUUGUUCUGCAGAAGUCCAACCUGUUCAUCUGUCCUGGAAAUGACGGAGCCGCCGAGGAUAUUAUAAACCUGAAACGCCUACAGGAGCUCAGCAUUGCAUCGGAAACAGAGAACCAUGAGAAGAAGGACAUUCUAGUUCUUGUCGAGAAAGGAAGGACUCUGCACCUGCAGGGCAUGGGCAGGACAGAUUUCUCUCUUUGGUACACAGAUAUUCAGAAAGCUGCAGGAGGUAAAGGGAACACCCUAAAAGACCAGCAGCUCAGCAGAAACGACAUUCCCAUCAUCGUAGACAGUUGCAUUGCCUUUAUAACCCAAUACGGUUUGGGACAUGAGGGUAUAUACAGAAAAAAUGGUGCAAAGUCUAGAAUCAAGCUUUUGAUGGAAGAGUUUCGUAAGGAUGCCAGAAAUGUGAAACUCCGAAUUGGAGAUAACUUCAUAGAGGAUGUGACGGAUGUAUUGAAGAGAUUCUUCAGAGAAAUUGAUGAUCCCAUAUUCAUGGCUGAUCUUCACCCUUUCUGGAGGGAAGCUGCCAAGAUCUCUCAGAAGCCACAGCGUUUGGACAGAUACAAAGAGUUGAUUCGAGGUUUACCGCGGGUCAACAGAACGACAUUAGCAACACUCAUCAGUCACCUCUACAGAGUACAGAAGUGUGCAGAUCUGAAUCAGAUGUGCACCAAGAACCUGUCACUGCUGUUUGCUCCCAGCCUGUUUCAGACUGACGGCAAAGGAGAACAUGAGGUCAAGAUCAUAGAAGACCUCAUUGAUAACUACUUGUAUAUCUUUGAUAUUGACGAAGAGCAUCAAACACAGAUUGAACUGGAAAUAAGUUUGAUCACCACCUGGAAACACACACAGUUGUCGCAGGCAGGGGAUCUGAUUAUUGAGGUUUAUCUAGAGGAAAAAAUACCAGACUGCUGCAUCACACUCAAAGUUUCCCCCACAAUGUGUGCUGAAGAGCUGACCAAUCAGGUGCUGUUCAUGAGAAAUAUCCCUGCAGGAGAGAAAGAUGUGUGGAUGACAUUUGAGGCCAUUGAGGAUGGAGAGCUUGAACGACCUCUUCAUCCCAAAGAGAAAGUAUUGGAACAGGCCCUGCAGUGGUGUAAAAUGGCUGAUCCCAGCUCUGCGUAUCUGCUGGUGAAGAAGGUGCCCAGAGGAGAAGCAAUAGACAUUUUCACAGCCUACAAGAGUGAGAUAGUGAAGUCCGGAGUACUGAAGUGUCGCGAAGAGCCGCCCAAACUCCUGCAGGGAAACAAAUUCCAGGAGCGAUUGUUCCAAAUCAAAGAACACAAACUCUUAAUGAAGGACAAGAAAAGCAUCAAGCCAGAGAAAGAGUGGCAACUGAAGACCUUGAAGAUAUACAUGGGGAUAAAAAAGAAACUAAAACCGCCUACAAAAUGGGGGCUAACAGUAAUAUUGGAUAAACAGCAAAUGUGUCUCAGCUGUUCAUCUGAAACUGAAUUAUGGGACUGGAUGACCAAUUUACUAAAAGCACAGAACGAUGACCUGCGUCCACCCGUCAUGAGACGACACUCUUCCUCUGACAUUUCCAAGCAGAAAUUCGGCACCAUGCCACUGGUGCCCAUCAGAGGAGAGGAGAGCAAUACCAACUCUACCAUGCUCUCAGCCAAUCAGACUCUGAGAAAGCUUCACACAAGAAGGGCCCUCUCAAUGUUUUUCCCCAUGAAGAUACAGCACGACUCAUUUGAAGAGCGAAUUGAAAGUCUCCCCGAGCCUUUGUAUGAGGAGGUGGGCGAUUUCGGCCUGCAGGUGCUCAAAUCUUUGGAAACUAGUUUCCUGUCCAGUGCCCAUGCUGAGACUCAGGAGGUGCCAGCACGCCCCGUCAGCCUCGGACAGAGAAAGACGGCCUCCCUGGAUCGCAUGGUUGGGUCGAACUCAGCUCAGACUUUGAGCGGUGAAAGUACCUUGUCCUCUGGUGAAUCUAUAGAUAUUCUGGGACAAGAGGAGUCCAGUGACUCGCUGUCGGUCACAGACAGGCACGGGUCCCGUAGGUCAUGUAGUCCCGAACAAGAAUUGCUCUUACAUGAACUCUCCACUUUGUUCACUAAGAAAUUAGAGUCUAAGGAGCAACACACUACUGAGAACUUUUAAUGAAACCACCGAUCAUUAAAAAAGGUGGACUAGACUGAGUCUGAACUUGAAUUAGCUGUUAUAAAAUUGUAUUUUAUCAGACUGAAAUUGGAGAGUAAGAAUGCAGUAUUAGCAUGAUUUGAUUAUUAAUGCAACUAUUGUGCCAAAGAAGUCAAUUUAGAUUAAAAUAAAAGUUUGUGAAACUGUGCCACAAUUGUUUUGUAUAAAUGGGUUACAUUUUUUUUUGUCAUGUGCAUUUGAAGAUGUUGUUCUCUUUAUUAUUUGUACUUAUUGCAUUUCAUUUAAAUCGGGUAACUGUUUUUAAAUUUGUUUCUUGGCCCAGUAACACAAUUUUUUUUUCUCUGUAUAAUAGUAAAACAUACAUUUUUAUGAAUGUUGUCUGUAAUUCAUAAACUGUGGUCUCGUUGAAAACUUUCACAUUCGUGUCCUUGAACUGCAUACAGAAGAUUUAAUGACUACUGUUUGGGGACUCAACUUGUUUUUAUAUGUAUACGAUUUAUUGUAUUUAUUAAAUUAUUUAUAUAGGCUGUCUGAAGAAUUCUGAAGCACAAAAGUGUUAGGAAACAAUGAAGGAAUUUGAUGAAAUAAAACGACUGGAAGUGUUUUCAGGACUGAGCAAUAGAGGGCAGUAUAGAUACAGCACACAUGAUGUCUUGACAAUCUAAAGCAUUUUCUUUGUACAGAUUUUCACUUCUUUUUACAGGCAUUUAUCAAAGGCAUGUACAGUACUAUAAGUCUAAUAACAAAAUAAAUAUGUUGUCCUACCCCAA